CAGACGCUCCAGUUUUCGCGUAAACAACCAAACGAACCGGGAAGAAAUUGUCUGUCAAUUUAUGUGUGGCCACUGAAUUCGAGUGUUUAGAAAUUCACCAAAUGCCUCCUAUGUCCAUUUCCAUUUUUUGGUGGAGAGAAAGAUCCCGUUUAGCCGUUUUAAGGUGAAUGGGAAUGAAUUUAACGAAGCAAAGACGAGAACAAGACAAACCUAGUUUCUAUUUGCAUCAUCAGCACGUGUGUUGUGUGCAAUCAGCUGUGAAUGUUGUAGCUUAUUGUCAAUAUGUAGAGAGUGUGGGGAAAGAGGAAGAAUAGGUCCCAUUCCAUUCGUGAAUUUGUCCAGUGUCCGUUCGACUUUUGUCUCUGAAACAUUUCGACAAACUCGUCUCUGACGAUAAAAACUAUCGAUUAUCUGUUGGUGAUUUUCAUUUUAGUGCGUUGUAAUAUGUCAUGCAACUCCCAAUCGCGUCCAGGAAUCCCAAAUGGAAAGACAAACAAAAUGGUCAAAUCGUUUCUCCUCUUGUGGCUAUUUCAUUUGGCAACUGUCUUGUCCUUAUCGGCAGGUUACUACAGGCAAGAUAAUGGUCGAUUACCGUUGAUUGGAAAUAGCCCGAUGACGUCAGUAGGAACGCCGCUAACUGGCAGCAACAUACCAGAAGCACCAGCACUCGUCGCCACUUCACUCGGCCCGUUGACCGCCAAUAGCCGCCCCGUUAGGAGGGUCCCUUAUGUUUCUGACACCUGCGGAGGCUCCGUGAAUAUCCCCCUGUCGUUUGAACGACUUUUGCCGUACAAAUCGACACAUUUCCCGUCGAGACGCGAUUACCCGAUGCUCUGCGUUUGGAAUUUCACGGUGCAACACGACGGCUGUCGUCGGGCUCGACUGACGAUGCGAGUGGACGGACGGAGUCGAUUGCCGGAUGUGGACGGAUGCAGCAAAGGAUAUUACACGGUUUCACCCAACAUGAGGGGCGCCAGAAUUUGCGGACAUGUUGGCGAUGUUCCGGCCUUCCAUUGGUACGUCGACGCCUACCAGCCGGAAAAUGAGGUCACAGUUGUCACGAUGAAGAAUUUGGGCAUCAAUGACGGAUUCUCUGAAGGACUUUCAUUUACCCUCCAAGGCGAAUGUGCAGAGGAAGAAUGGUCGUAUGCCCGAACGACGACUGUCAACAAGGAGAACGCCAGAUUGAAUCGGCGCUGGAUGAAUCGAGUCAUGGAAGACUACCUGGCCGGAGAAGGACCCAGAGUGACCGUCAACCGUGUCAAAUUGCCAGUAACGAGCACUACUACUCCAGCCCCAACAACCACCACCACCACCACCAGCCGACCCAAACUGGAUCAUCCAGUUGUCUCAUCCGAUAACAAUUACUCCGGUGGCAUCCAGUGGCUUCAUUUGAAAUCGCCCUCCGAUCUUCAUUCACCCAAAAUUCACCAGAAAUCAGCGAUUGCCAAAUUCCAGCCACCUCAAGUCGUGAACGAAACGAUUCAGCCAAUCGUUUCCAUCAGCACAAUUUCCAGCGAAUUUGAAUAUCCCGCCACCAGCACCACCAGCGUCCCAUCAGAGUCGACAAUUGAACCAGAAGAAGAGAUGAGCAGCACCUGGCCAACAACCGACCAAUCCACUGACCCGUUUUACCUGACGACGACCUCCACACCUUUGGUAAUGGCCAGCACGACGGAUAAUGACGAGCUAAUCUCAACCACUUCAUCAACUGAUGACCCGUUGCUGACGUCCAGCACGACGGAGAUAACAACCACUUUAACAGCAGAGUCCAGCAGCACCACCCCCUUGUCUGAUGUUGUUGUUGCGUCAACAACAACAACCCAACAACCGCCCAUCAGCAUUUCCCAUGUCGUCACCCCCAUCAGCGGUCAGAACUUGGCAUUCAACAGGUUUCAAACAUUCCAGAGACGUUUUCUGAAAUUCCUGAAAAUCUUUUAUUUAUUUUAAUUAUUUCUUGUUAUUGCAUUUGUUAUAUCUAAAUUCAAAUUUGUAUAUCGUCGCUGCGGCAAAAUAAACGGGACUUUGUAUUAUCAA